GGCCGCGGCCCCGAGGGGCAGCUGCGGCGAUCCGGGUCGGGCUACGAGGGUAGCACCAGCUGGAAGGCGGCCUUGGAGGACACUACCACGCGUCUCCUGCUGGGUGCCAUUGCGGUCCUUCUGUUUGCCAUUCUGGUGGUGAUGAGCAUCUUGGCCUCCAAGGGCUGUAUCAAGUGUGAGGCGCCCUGCCCGGAGGACUGGCUGCUCUACGGGAGGAAGUGCUACUUCUUUUCUGAGGAACCGAGAGACUGGAACACUGGCAGGCAGUACUGCCACACCCACGAGGCCACGCUGGCUGUGAUCCAGAGCCAGAAGGAGCUGGAAUUUAUGUUCAAGUUUACGAGGAGGGAGCCCUGGAUUGGACUACGCAGAGUUGGGGACGAAUUCCACUGGGUCAAUGGGGAUCCGUUUGACCCAGACACGUUCACCAUCUCAGGCCCUGGGGAGUGUGUCUUCGUGGAGCCCACCAGGCUGGUGUCGACGGAGUGUCUGAUGACCCGGCCCUGGGUGUGCAGCAAGAUGGCCUACACUUGA